CAUAGCAGUUCACGAUGUCUCUUGUCUGAAUAUCGUUGCAUUCCUGUUGCCAUUUAAACUGGUUUGUAUCUAUGACAGCAGCUCCAUUCUUUCCUGCUGCUGUUGUUGUUAUGGCUGCUCUCAUUAGAGAUUACAUCAUGAAUAUUUAUGACGCCUUUCAUGAGGUGGGGAGGUGGUCCUACAUUUUACUGCCUGUGCUUCACUGCUUUUGACUGAAGAUACCGAAUUUCUCAAGAGUCAGCAAACAUAAGAAGGUGCAGCACUGGGCUGCUGUGAUUUUGUGGCGAAGCCCUGCAUUUUCAUUUUGUUGUCUUUUGAUGAGGAAUAUACAGUUGUUUUUCUGCCCUGCAGAAGUAGCACAGAAGUGAUGCUUUGCUGUUGCUGAUGCGGGAGACAGUAGGGAGCCAUUAUAGGAAAAGAUUGCAGCAUCUUGUGUACUGGCGUCCUUGCCUGCUUUGGUGAAUGAUUUUAGGAUUUGCUUUGGAUCUCUGCCAGAUCUCAAAAAAGAGAUAUUGCAGCUCAGCCCUACAGUUAGAUUAAUUUAAGAAACGUGAGCAGCUGGUCCUGCUGGACAUGCUCAGCAUGGAGGCCCCACUUGUGAGCCUCGAGGAGGAAUUUGAGGACAUAAAACCAUGCUUUCUUGAAGAAAACAAUGACAAUGAUCAGAGACUGUGCAGAGCAUCACCACUGCAUAUAGAAGACCCCACACUCUCUGAACUGGAAAACUUCUCUUCAGAUAUCUUCAGCUUCAAGUCCAUGGAAGACCUGGUCAAUGAAUUUGAUGAAAAACUCAACGUUUGCUUCAGGAAUUAUAAUGCCAAAACCGACAGCCUUGCACCGGUCAAAAACCACCUUCAGAUCCAAGAGGAGGAAGAGCAUCUCCAAGAUGAACAAGUCUGGGAUGCACUGACCGACAAUUACAUUCCGUCUAUGGCAGUGGAAUGGAAAGAUUUGCACAUGGAGGUCCUGAAUGGAAAUGUGGUGGACUUGCACACUGAGAUACAGGCCAGUGAAGAGGCAGAGCUGAAUAAGAAGAAUGAGAACAUGUCAGGCUGUACUGAGGAACCACUGCUCACUGCUGAUCAGGUGAUUGAACAAAUUGAGGCAAUGAUGCAGAAUCCACCUGAUUAUGAAGAGGAAGAUGUGGAGGAAGAGGAAGUAAGAGAUAGUUCCUCACAGUCUGACAUCAUUAUACUGCAGGAUAUGAAAGAGCUGACGAUGGGAAUCAACAAUAACUAUUCUGAUGAAGCUUUGAAGCACAUGCAGGUAAACAAACUCUUGGAGGAGCUGGAAACCAUUAAACAUUCAAUUCAGGAAUAUUCUGAGGAACUGGUGAGGCAGCUAGCCCGACGUGAUGAGCUUGAGUUUGAAAAGGAAGUAAAGAACACAUUCAUCACAGUCCUGCUUGAUGUCCAGAACAAGCAGAAGGAGCAGAGAGAAUUAAUGAAGAAGAAAAGAAAGGAGAAAGGCCUUAGCCUUCAAAGCAACCGAACAGAGAAGAACAACCGUAUGCCUAUGAAGCGCUUCAGCAUGGAGGGGAUCUCAAACAUUCUUCAGACUGGCAUCCGACAGACAUUUGGCUCCUCAGGAAGUGAUAAGCAGUUUCUGAACACAGUGAUACCUUAUGACAAGAAAGGCAUGCCCCCUUCUGUGGAAGACCUUCAGAUGCUGACAAAAAUUCUUUGUGCCAUGAAGGAGGACAGUGAGAAGGUGCCUGCAUUACUGACCGACUACAUUUUAAAAGUGUUGUGUCCUACUUAAUUCGACAGUAGGCAAACCAACGGGUGAAUGAAGACAAGGAAACAAAAGACAAGAGCAAAGCAUUGCUCUCAGAAUACGGAUGAGUGAUCAGUACUUCCUCAGUAUUAACCAUUUAAAGUUGUGUUUCCUCAGUCUGAUUUAAAAGCUGUACAGAAGUCGGUUCCUUGCUGUUUGUUUGCUGUUUUAUGUUGCCAAUAAUAGUAGGAAGAUAGAAGUGAUGUGGAUAAGAAGUGCAUCUAAGAUAGCAUAACCCAGAAGCCACAUGUCAACAGGUUUACUAAUAAGCUCUGCAUUUAUUUAUUUAUUUUGUAUAUUGAAACUAUCAAUGAGCACAGGUACUUUUUACAUUGGUUGCAAACUAGGGUUCAGUAAAAAUACAAUAUCAGUACAAAUAAAGAAAAAACAAUGGAAACAGAGCAAAAGUAUUAAACUGCUAAUAAAACAACAAUGGAAAUAAGAGUAAAAGCAUUAGACUGCCAAGUAUAGAUUGUAUUUCAGUUUAACUUUCAUUCUGUUGCUGACAGUGCUUUUCUACUAAAAUUAAUUUUAAUGAGAUAAACAUAUAACAAAAAAGACAGGAAAAAAAGCUGAACUUUGUUUAGUGCUGGAAUGUUUAUUGAAUACCCUGGACAACAGCUGACAGGCAUCAAACUGCCAGCUAUGAUUUAAUCCUUCUGUCUCAAUAUAUGAGAAUAGGAUAGAAGGUAGCUUUGAAUUAUAACUGAGUUAUAACAUUUUCUAUAUCACGUAAAUAUGGCAUACAUUUUCAUAGUAUUGUAUUAAUAUAAAAGAUGCAUUAUUGCCAUUGUAAGGUUAAAGAGAAUAAACUCUUAAAGUCCCAAAGCAGUGGAGUAGCAUGACGCAGUUGGUACAGCAUGAACCAUUCAUUUGCAACUCUAAUGUCUAUGCCUGAGUAUUACAAUUCUUUGGUGAGGUUACCGUGUGAUUGAAUAACUUACAGGACAGCUGGUAACAAUUUUUAUUUUUGAUUAGAAGUAUUUUGGGAUCAGAACUGUUUGUGCAUUAAAGUAUACAAUAAUUCGGAUAAUAAAAACAAGUAACUAAUAAACCAACAA